AUGGCGAUGGCAACAACAAUCAAGGAAGGCGUCCACGACAAGGGCGAACUUGAACUUGUGGGCGAAGAGAAGGGCUUUUUGGUGCAGAAUGACUGGACGCCAGAAGAGGAAAGACAGGCCAAGCUGAAGCUGGACUUGAUCUUGUUGCCACUCUUGACUCUGGGUUUCUUCUGUCUGCAACUGGAUAGAGGUAACAUCGCCAAUGCCAUCACGGAUACUUUCAUGAAAGAUGUGGGCAUCACGCAGUUUCAAUUCAACGUUGGACAGCAGCUGCUCUCGCUCGGCAUUGUAAUUUUCGAGAUCCCAUCGAACAUAGCCCUUUACAAGGUUGGACCUGGAAAGUGGCUUACGCUCCAGCUGUUCCUGUUCGGACUUGUCAGCACCUUUCAAGCGUGGCAAAGGAACCAUUCAAGCUAUCUUGCUACACGCUUCCUUCUUGGAGUAACCGAAUCGGGAUACAUUCCUGGGGGUCUAUGGACUCUUUCGACUUGGUACACCCGUCGAGAGACGGCGAAACGAACGAUGAUAUUUUUCUUCGGCAAUCAACUUGGACAGGCAUCUGCCAAACUGAUUGCAUAUGGCAUCCUUCAUAUGAAAGGUGUUGCCGGAUACCCGGGCUGGUUCUGGUUGUUUGUCAUCAUGGGAGGUUUUACAAUCGCAAGCGGCAUAUUCAUGGGUUUUUGGCUGCCAGAUUCGAUAGAGAAUCCUCACAGCUUGUUCCUCCCCAAAUUCAGUUUUUUCACUGAACGCGAACUACACAUUCUGCGAAACCGUGUCAAGCUUGACGAUCCGAAGAAAUCGAGUAAGAAGCAACACAUUGGAAUUGACGCGUUUCGGAAAGCGUUUGGUAAUUGGCGCGUUUGGCUUCAUGUUCUUAUUACAUUCUUCAAUAAUGGUCCGUUUCGAGGCUUCGACACCUACGGCCCAUCAAUCAUUCGCAGCUUCGGUUUCGCAACAUUGAACAGCAACGCUCUGGCUUCUGUCGGCCUAUUCCUUCAAGUCCCCGUAUCGUACGCCUUGAGCUAUGUCUCAGAUCGCUUUGAUAAACGGGGCGAAACAGUCAUGGUCGGUAUCAGCAUGCACAUGUUCGGUUACAUCCUGAACCGAAUCUUCACUGAAAUUAAUCACCGCGGCGUACGGUACUUCGGAGUCGUUUGGACGCAGAUAUUCGCCAAUCUACCUCACCCUCUAAAUAUCGCUUGGAUGUCGCUUGCGUGCCGCGAUCCGGAGGAGAGGUCGUUGGCGAUGGCCAUGAUUAUUAUGAGCGCAAAUAUCGCUGCAAUAUAUAGAGCACAGCUCUUUCAGGAGGAUGACAAGCCUCGCUAUCGACGAGCAUUUGGCCUCAACAGUGGGCUGCUGGCAAUUGCUCUUUUGUUGGCGGCAUUCAGGUACACCCACGAACUAUAUAAACGACGUAAAGGAGGGAAGAUUUCCGCUUAA